AUGAGGCAAACAGUCAUGAGCCAAUCAAGCACAACGCAAUCAGGCACAAGUCAGCCAGGCCUGAGUCAAUCAGGCAUGAGUCAACUUCAACCAGACUGGAGCCAAUCCAGCAUGAGUGAACCAGGUAUGAGGCAACCAUGCCCAAGCCAAUCCAGCAUGAAUCAACAAGGCAUGAGGCAACCAGGCCCGAGCCAAUCAAUCAUGAGUCAGCCAGUCAUGCGGCAACCAUGCCCAAGCCGAUCAGGCACAAGCCAAACAGGCAGGAGACAAUCAAGCAUGAGGCAACCAAGUGUGAAUUCUUUCCAGGAAUUGGCUGCCUGUGAAAACAUGCUAGAUGCAAUGAAGUUAAGAGCAAAGGAUGUACUCAGGGGUGGCUUUGGGGACGAUCCCCUUUUCUACUGCUUGAUUGCAGAAGUACACAAUCAUCAAAAACCAUCAGGAAAAGUGACUGUUGGAUUUGCCAUGUACUACUUUACAUACGACCCCUGGAUUGGCAAGUUACUUUACCUAGAGGACUUUUAUGUCAUACAAGCUUACCGAGGUCUAGGUAUUGGAGCUGAAAUGCUGAAGAGGCUAAGUCAGAUAGCCAUCAGAAACCAGUGUAACUGCAUGAACUUUCUGGUCAUCAUUUGGAACCAGGCUUCUACUGACUACUACGCCUGUCAAGGGGCUUUAGACCUUUCCUCCGAGGAGGGCAGGCAUCGGUUCAGGUUUAACAGAGAAGAACUCAUGGACAUGGCAGGGGAAGAGUGAAAGAUGACACAUCACAAAUUGUCCCAAUACAGGCUCCAACAUUUAAAUGUCAGCUGAGUCUAACAGCAGUUUGAUUUUGAGUGUUGUACAAGUGAACAAACUCUCGUUUCAGCAGAUCUUUUACUCUGAAACAGAUUUUACAGAUAGAGUCAACUUUCCAUUAUCCAACCUAAUAUACUAAUGGCUGGUAGCAGAGCUUAUGAUCCAAAAUAGCAGAUAAUUCAAAAAUAACUUACACUUGGCUUUAGGAUAUUUAUUUUUUAUCCACCAUAUAUUAUU